CCGCCGGAAGACGCGCGGGCUCUGGGGUUGGUGGCUACGCUGCUGUGUCCAGGGACCGCACCCGGGGCUGCCCGGGCUGGGGUGAGGGCGACCCGGGGUGCGGGCAAAGGCCAAGCCGCGUCGGGAGGGCGGAGGCGCCGAGAUACCAGGGCUGGGGCCCAGGAGGCGCUGCGCCGGUGGAUCUGGCCGCUGCCGCCGGCCCGGCAUCAGAACAGCAGUCGGCGAGGUGCAUCCUCGCCCCUGUCUGCGGAAAGCCGGUUCAAGGCACCCGUCCCAUUGCGGUCCCCAAAGCUCCUCUCCUGAGGGUGCGGCUGGGAAAGGGACACCUUGGAGGGGCAGUGGGGGAUCUGGUGCCGCAGCACCUGCCCUAGGCCGCCUCUGGGGAAUUUGGAAAAGACCCCCACCCAGUCCGGAGGCCGACAGUCCUCUGGUGUUCCGAAGGAAGGCUGUGUGAACGUUGGGCGAUUUUUGAAGAAUCAUUGUGUUGGGUAGGGAUGCGAUCUGCCUAUAAAAGGCUGGGAAAGAACAAAGUCUGUUAUCCCCAGUCUUCUCUAAAGAGACACCCUCUGGAGCUGAAAGCCUCAAGAACGGGUGCUCUCGCGCCCCCAUCUCUGAUCCUACCAGCUUCCAAGGCCGGUCUGCUCUAAGUAUAUUUCUGCAAGUUCUGGAGGUUGGAGCUGUAUGAUCGGUUUUCUGGAUCCCUCGUCUCCUGCCUUUUUCUCUGCUAGAAGAAUAUAAAGAAGUAUGUACUCAGACCUACUCAACCAGCUGCCUCCCAAGGAGGCAGUACUUGAUUUAAGAGAGGAGCCAGUGUUUCAGAGCUGUUAAAGCCACGUCAGCCUCUAGGAGCCACCAGGUUCUCCUGCCGCAGGGACGCGCCAAAGUCCUGAGGGCAGGAGGCUGUGAUCAGAGGAGGACCGUGCAACUUUGAUGCCUCUCAGCGUAGGCUCUGGCCGGUUCCUCACUGGGAAGUGGACAAGGCCAGUCAGGCAGCAGCAUCAUGCUGCAGCAGCUCCUGAUCACCCUGCCCACAGACACCAGCACCUGGGUGAAGCUGCACCAUCCAGAGAAGGCCAAGGAGGGGCCGCCCCUGUGGGAGGAUGUGACGAAGAUAUUUGAAGGAGAAGCUCUGCUGUCUCAGGAUGCUGAUGAGACCCAGGGAGAAAGUUUAAAGGAUGAAGUGACCCCCAGGUCCCCGACAGCAAAAUUCCAGGAACUGUUGACCUUCAAGGACAUAUGUGUGGACUUCACCCAGGAGGAGUGGAAGCAGCUGGCCCCUGCUCACCGGAAUCUGUACCGGGAAGUGAUGCUGGAGAACUAUGGGCACCUAGUCUCAGUGGCAGGAUAUCAACUUUCCAAACCUAGUGUGAUUUCCCAGUUGGAGAAAGGAGAGGAGCCAUGGAUGACAGAGAAAGAAGGCCCAGGAGAUCUGAGUUCAGACUUGAAGAGUAAGACAGAAACCAGUGCGUCAACUGCAAAGAAAGACAUUUUACAGAAACAGUUAAAUUACGGCACGAUGAUGGGAAAGUUCAUGAGGGAUGAUGUCAUGUAUUCCACAUGGAGAAAAGUCUCAAAAUAUGAUGAUGAAUUAGAAAGGCACCAUGAUACCCCUGAAAGAGACGCGAGACAACCCAUCUUGACUCACAAGAGGAGAGGCCAAGAAACUGACAAAUUCGGCAAAAAUAUUGUGAGUUCAGAUGUUGUUAUAGAACAGAAGCGCCGUAAGUGUGACACACCUAGAAGGCAAAACAGAUACAAACUAGAUGUAAUUAACCAUCCAACGAGUUACAUAAGAACAAAAACCUAUGAGUGUAAUAUAUGUGAAAAGGCCUUCAAACAACCCAUUCACCUUACUGAACACAUGAGAAUUCAUACGGGUGAGAAACCUUUCAGGUGUAAGGAAUGUGGAAGGGCCUUUAGUCAAAGCGCAUCCCUUACGACACACCAGAGAAUCCACACUGGUGAGAAACCCUUUGAAUGUGAAGAAUGUGGCAAAGCCUUCAGACAUCGCUCAUCCCUUAAUCAGCACCAUAGAACUCACACUGGGGAGAAACCCUACGUAUGUGAUAAAUGUCAGAAAGCCUUCAGCCAGAACAUUAGCUUGAUCCAACAUUUGAGGACUCAUUCUGGAGAGAAACCCUUUACGUGCAAUGAAUGUGGCAAAACCUUCAGACAGAUUAGACACCUUAGUGAACAUAUAAGAAUUCAUACCGGGGAGAAGCCCUAUGCAUGCACUGCGUGUUGUAAAACUUUUAGUCAUAGAGCGUAUCUGACACAUCACCAGAGAAUUCACACCGGGGAGAGACCCUACAAAUGUAAGGAAUGUGGGAAAGCCUUUAGGCAGAGGAUACACCUUAGCAACCACAAAACUGUUCACACAGGAGUGAAAGCGUAUGAAUGCAACCGCUGUGGGAAAGCCUACAGGCAUGAUUCAUCCUUUAAGAAACAUCAGAGGCAUCACACAGGAGAAAAACCUUAUGAAUGUAAUGAAUGUGGAAAAGCCUUCAGCUAUAAUUCAUCUCUUACUCGACACCAUGAAAUACACAAGAGGAAUGCCUUCCAAAAUAAUGCGUUAAAACAGAUUAUUCAACAUGAGAACAAAAACCAAGUCUAAAUCAGUCAUUCUAUGCUUUGAAUUUCAGGACUCUAAAUCUGAGGAAUUGACAUAAUGAUGCCAACUUCUGAUUUUGCCCACCAUGUAAAUAAAUGCUACAUUGGUAACUACUGAUACCUCCAUACAAAGUACUUAAUCAAGAAUAAAGGAUGACCCUUCAAAUUAAAUUCAACAGAAUAGAAAAUUCAUACAUUAUUAUUUUUAUGAUUUCAUGGUAGAUUAAAUAUCUUCAUGGGCAAUGACUGACUUUUCAGACUGGCAUUUGGAAACUACUGUUUGAAAUAUCACCACCCCUAUUUUUUUAAUUAAAAUUUUAUUUUUUUUAAAAGGGAAAACUUUCGCAUGGUAUGAAGUUCAUAAGACACAGUCAUUUUUACAAGUGAAAAGCCUUCUUCCAUCCCCCACCACAAAAUUUACCUAGAAGUAACCGUUUUUUAUAACUAGUGUUUUGUGCGCCUUUCCAGAGAUUUUAUAUCCGAGAGAAUACAAAUACACAUUUUUUCUUUUUAAUAAUAACUGGCAGCCUCCUAUACAGAUGCAUCUGCAUGUUACAUUUAUUGCUUCACCGUAUAUCAUGGAGGUCAUUCCAUAUCAGUAAAUAAAGUGCCUACUCAUUCUUUUUCAUAGCUGCAGAGUAUUCCAUGAUUUGAAUAUACUUUAGCCAUUUCACUACAGAUGGACUUUUUUGGAUUUCUGAUCUUUUGUUUAUAUGAUCUUGCAAUAAGUAGUCAUAACAUUUUCAUUUCUCAUGCAUAUAAGUACAUGCAUAGGGUAAGUUCCUAGAACUGGGAUUUAUGUGCAUUUGUAUAAUGGAUACUGCCAAACUGACCUUCACAGAGAUUGGACCAAUUUAUUUUCCCACCAGUGAGACAUAGAACUAUAGGAACCAUAUCCGGUGCUGAAGCAUCUCCUGGACCAACAGCUCUAUCAUCAUCCAUCAAAGAAGUAUCAGCUUCUCUCAAUAACAGUCUAGAAGUACCAGGUGAGCUGCAUCCCCAGAAGGAGCAGCACUUGCCGUCCUUGAAGCCAGAGAGAAAUCUGCAUCUUAUUGAAUAGCAGCCAAACCCACCAAAGUUUCAGUUGGACAAGGAGAAGAUAUCCCUCCACCAACUUCUCUAGUCCCUGACUUCUGAACCUGGAACUGUCUGAUGAAUAAGAGUCCCAUUAAAGAGACUGGUCCACCUGCCUUAGUAAGUAUAGUCUUGACUGUAACCCCUUUGUUAGGAAUGGAGGAAAACUGACAAUUGAAUCAGGGUACUUAAGAUGGCAGGGUAUACCACAGACGAUCAACUGACCACAUGUAGCAUUUUAAAGGAUGGCUAUGUUAGCAAGUUACAGUUCACAUGUGGAGGGAGACAGAAACGAGCUAGGACACAGUUGUCUAAUUAAUAAACAUUAAUUAAUGAAUGAGCAUUAAUUAAUUAGUUGACAUUGCUUACUAUGUUGUGAAAGCUGAGUGCCAAGGUCAGGACCACAAUGAUUUUGUACAUGUUCAUUUUUCAUUCUGGUAAAAUUUCAUUAAAGUUUUAGUGAUUCUG